UGAAAGUCAAUGUUUCACCAACAAACAGCACUGUAACAGCAGAGCUUUGAUUCGAACAGUCAAAGGAGCAACAACAAAAUGAGCGAACUUGAUCAAGAAGAGAAACGAUAUGACCCUAGAGACACCACCCUGAAGUUUGUGAACAGACCGGAUGACCUGGACCCUCUGCCUGCAGAUGAUGAAGAUCUGUGCCUGCGAGCUGAAAUGUCCUGUGGCCAUGCAGUCACCCCACAGUCCCUGACUGCAUGGUGCCGCAGUCUCCUGGACCAGGGCCAGUUUAAGUUUAAGUGCCCCGCUCUGAAGGAGGGCACUGUUCAGAGGUGCAACCAAGAGUGGCCCUAUCAGGAGGUGCGCAGAUUGGCUGUGCUCACACCUGCAGAGAUGCAGUACUUUGAGGAGAAUUUGGCCCGUUUAGCUGCUGCAACAUAUUUUGAGUACAAGACUUGUCCUGGGUGUAAAACAUAUGUGGAGAGGACGGACUUGACUAACCUAAACGUGCAGUGCACAGUUUGUCAAGUAGAGAAGAAGAGCUAUCAGUUCUGCUGGCAGUGCCUCAAACCUUGGAAAGGCCCUGCCCCUCGGUCGGACCGCUGUGAAAACAAUGGCUGCACCAACCUUGAGCUGACGCUGCUCAUGAAUUGUAAGAUGACCAACCUCCAAGAGGUAGAGGGGGCACAAGAGGUCCCCUCCAUCCGGGCCUGCCCCACCUGUGGCCAGAAGGUGGAGCAUAACAAAACGGGCUGCAAAAAUGUCAUCUGCCCUCGCUGCCAGAAGGAGUUCUGCUUUGUGUGUCUCAAGCUCACUCCUGAGUGUCUGAAGACCAGCUCCUACUAUAAGCCCUGCAGCGCUGGAGUGGCCCCCCGACAGACCUCUAUCCCAAUAUGGCACAGGGCCUGAACCUUCACACAGGCUUUCAGUACAAGUCUGCAUCAAUAGCUACAGCAAUAAAUAUACAUUGUUCGUUAUGUUCUUUGCUCCUUUGCAUCUGUUUCCAGCUUCUAAAAAACACUCACUGAUUUUUUUGUUUUUGUUUUAGUGUAUAGUGUAGUUUAUGGUAACUUUCUCUGUUCAUGUUGUAAAGCUUAAAUAAAAGUAGGAUGU